GCAGCAGCAGCAGCCAGUCGCCGGCUGCCGGGCCACGACCUCGCAUCUCGCCCGGUCUCGUUCCGCUCCGCUCGGCGUUUUCGCGGUCACGCUUCCCUUCGGGCCGAGACGAGUCCGCGCGAGCGUCUCCGCCGCCGAAUCGGCGACGUCUCUACGUUCCAGUUUUCCGCCGGCGGAUCGCGCGAACGGUCCUAUCCGUAGUGACGAACCUAUUCCGCGUCGUCGAUUUUAUUUUUUCCUGUCCCGUCGGGGAUCUGUGCGCCGCCGUUUGAAAGUGAAAACUCAGGGAACGGUGUGCCAGCAGCAACAGCAGCAGCAGUGUCGAAACGUUUCUCCCGCUUUCCGCGAAGGGAACGAACGAGGCCAGGGAUGGCGGAUGGGUGAUAGAUAGCUGCUCCGUGAACCACCGCGGGCUGAAGGCGUUUUUCGGCAACGGGCGAACCAUGUGAGGCUUCGACCAUGAGGUGUGGCGGUCAGAGCGGUGUCUGGAUAGCAACUGUGAUCUUACUGUUAAUUGGAAGCUGCGUCGACAAAGUUGGGCCACGGCCAGCCGAUGGCGAGAUUGCGCACCUGACGUCGUCGAAGGAAAGGUUGGACACUGUCAGGCAGGUUCUUUCCGAGGUGCCUUUGAUCGACGGGCACAAUGACCUACCCUGGAACAUACGAAACUUCGUUCACAAUCAGCUGGCCGAGUUCGAUUUCGACAAGGAUCUGCGACAGGUCGCGCCGUGGAGCAAGAGCGCGUGGAGCCAGACCGACUUGGUCAGACUUCGCCAAGGCAUGGUCGGCGGACAGUUUUGGGCUGCCUACGUGCCGUGCGAAUCCCAGCAUCUCAACGCGGUCCAGCUGACUUUGGAGCAGGUGGACCUCAUUAAGAGGCUCAUAGAGAAGUACUCGCAACACAUGCAGUUCGCUGCAUCUUCAAGGGAAAUCAUGGAGGCCCACGAGAGAGGCAGAAUAGCAUCCCUGAUCGGAGUGGAGGGUGGACAUAGCCUAGGAAGUAGUUUAGCUGUUUUAAGGACAUUGUAUCAAUUGGGUGUACGGUAUCUGACGCUCACGCACACAUGCAACACACCGUGGGCGAAAAGCUCGUCGGUGGAGGACGAGGAUGAAGAAGGAGGCGGCCUGACCGCGUUCGGGAAAGCAGUAGUCAAGGAAAUGAAUAGGCUCGGAAUGCUGAUAGACCUUAGUCAUACAGCGAGGGCUACCAUGAGGGACGCUCUAAGGGCCAGCAAAGCACCCCUCAUUUUUUCUCACUCUUCGGCCUUUGCCAUCUGCAAUUCCUCGAGAAACGUGCCCGACGACAUUCUAAAGCAGCUGGCUGCUAACGGUGGACUGGUGAUGGUAACGUUUUAUAAUUAUUUCGUAAAGUGUGGCUCUCAGGCAACCGUCUCCGACGUCGCCGAGCAUAUUUACUAUAUUAGGAACUUGAUUGGCGUGGACCACAUCGGUGUCGGCGGUGACUUCGACGGUAUCAACAAAACACCACGAGGUCUCGAGGAUGUCUCAAAAUAUCCGGAAUUGUUCGCCGAGCUCCUCCGUAGCGGGAAGUGGAACGUGUUCGACUUGAAAAAAGUUGCUGGUCUCAAUUUGCUGAGAGUCCUCCGACAGGUGGAGCAAGUCAGGGACGACAUGAGAACCUUAGGAAUAAUGCCAUCCGAAGAAUAUCUUCAGGAUUCACCUGAUACAACCGGCAGCUGUGCGCUCGAUAUCAACUCCGUGCCACGAGUGUUGGAAGUUUGAUCUCGUCCUGUCGAGAUCCCCGCCCUGUUUCGCGAUCGCACGCGGAAUCGCUGGUUCCGCGACCCCCCCGUUCCCUCGGCGAACGGGGGGGCGGCCCCUGUCUACCCCAUGAUCGCGGUCAUGGCCCGGGGAGAAGUACAUACAUACGUGGGCGAUCGUCGGUGGAACGGCCGUACGUCACUGGACACUCGCGACACCCGCCCACCUGCACAGUCUGUCCCCUUUUAGAUGCUCAAUCAGAAUAUGUAACGUUAAUGAAAGGAACCUACCUCGAACGAAGUCUCGCGGAGACGACACACGGCUUCGACCGCCUGAUUUGCUCGACCAUAGAUUUCGUUCUUUAGAUCGCAGAUUCGGAUUUAUUUUCUAAUUUUACCGAGCCGCGUGCGACUGUCCUGUAACUGUUCGAACGACUACAGCCGAGCAAACGUUCGAACUUGGCUCCUGUCUUCGCAGAAUCGCGAGGCGAUCGUGAUCGGAAGUGCUGGUUUUAUUUGGAUUAACAUUGCGCAGAUUCAACGCGAAUCAAAUGUAAAUAGAACAAGUAUAGGCGUUGCUGCGGACGGCCCAAAUACUGCGGUAUUUUGUAAAAGUGAUGAAAUGUAACAUUUUAUAGGGUGUAAUCUUCUAAAAAUAAAUCUCAUAAUUUGUUAUACGUUUAAUAUUUGUUAUAACGUUGUGCAACAACGGUUGCAGUUUUAAUUCGUUUAUUGACUUUCGAUAUUUGGAAGCUUAUGGAAACGGCAGCUGCGAACGCUGAUUUGAAAGGCACAAAAAUGACUCGCAAUACGGAAAUGUGGGGUAGCUGAAGUCAUUCUAAGUAACUUUUUCCUUUGCGAAAAUGCAAUC